UUCUACAACAGACGCUGGCCGGUAAGUAUCACGAUCGUGAUGUCUGUUUUCAGGUGUAAUAUUGUGUUCUUGAGUUGCCUCGCUAUGAGUUGUGCUGUGAAUUAUAAUGACGCGACUAUCAGGGAGGUGGUCAGUGACGUGUUGGUGCAUGGCGAAGGGCCGUUUUGGGAUUCCGAAAACAACGUCUUGUAUUUUGUUGAUAUAUCUCAACACCGCGUUUACAGAUUUUUUCAAAACCGUUUGGAACACGUCCAGCUAGAUGAAGAAGUAAGUUUUGUGAUACCAGUUGCUGGACAACAAGGUCUGUUCGUUAUCGGACUAGGCACUACGUUGGCCAGUCUCCGAUGGAACCUCCACGAAAAUAUCCACAAAGUUGUUGAACUGGCUAUCGUCGACCGCGAUAAAGUCGGAAACCGGUGGAACGAUGCUAAAGCGGAUGUAAAUGGUUACCUGUGGGCAGGUACUAUGGGAUUCGAGGACACCGCCGGCAACAUUCCACCGGAGCGCGGAACUUUGUACAAGUUGAACGAUACCGGAUGUUUUCAAAAUCUUGAACCCGUAUUACCAAAUGUUUCCGUCUCCAAUGGCCUAGCGUGGAACGAUGAUGGCACCCGGAUGUACUAUAUUGAUUCUCCAACCGGUCAAAUAGCACUUUUUGAUUAUGAUCCUGCUACGGCGAUCAUUUCGAACCGUAGAACGUUUUACGAUUUUAAGACGGAUAACAUACCUGGCGUCCCUGACGGAAUGACGAUCGAUGCCUACGGCAAUCUUUGGAUUGCCAAUUACAACGGCGCUCAGGUAUUGCACGUGAGUGGCACCAGUGCAAAGUUGCUGGGCAAAUUGAAAAUACCCGCGGAAAAAGUUUCGUCGGUCACGUUCGGUGGUCCUCGGUUGGACAAGCUGUACGUGACGACAAUUAGUCGUGGUGUAACGCCAGAAAAAUUCAACGAAUAUCCGAUGACGGGAAAGGUGUUAGAAGUGUCUGGCCUCGGUAUUCGUGGUACACCAAAUCGUCGAAUUCGUGAAAAAUGUUUUCGACUUUUGUAAAAGUUUGGCAGUGGUUUGAGCGAAAUAAUAAUAAUGUAUGGUGGAUGAAUGGCGAAAUACAAGCUAUAAGUAACUGCUAUAAUAUAUUAUAUUAUACCUAUUAUACCUAUGCUAAUUUUAUUCAUUAAUGUCAAACAAAACUUUCGAAUUUUAAUUCUAAUUCUGUUUAAUCUAUAAUAAAAUU